AUGGCAACUCUCAAGCCACCUACAAACACACACCGCUCCUCCAGCUCUGGUCCACCGAAAGCGCCUCUGAAAGCCGACUCCACCGCAACAAUCGCAGACAAUGUCGUCUUCCAAGGACCGUACCCCGUGACCAUUGGCGCAGGAACAGUCAUCCACCCACGCGCAAAGUUCUACACCUACGAAGGACCGAUUGUAGUCGGCGAUGGUUGCAUCAUUUGCGAAAAAGCCGUGAUUGGCGCACCGCCGCCCUCAUCAAGCCGAUCAUCCUCACCACAGCCGUCGAGAGACGCCGAACCAUCGCCCAAAGAAUCCACAACUCGCAUCUCAUACUUCGUCACCAUUGGCCCGUCCAGUACCAUUGAGCCAGGGGUGCAUAUUCACUCCUCUGCAACAAUUGAGGCCCUGGCGAUCAUUCGGCGCGGGGCGGAUAUCGGGUCUCAUGCGAAAGUGGGCUCUACGUGUGAGAUUACGGGGAGAGUGGGUGAAUGGUUUGUUGUUUGGGGAAGUGGACCUGGCAUGCGGAGGAAGAGGGCACGCGGUCUCAAACCAAUGAGUCCAGCUGUUUUAGAUGCAGCGAGGAUCGCACAGACGGCUAUCCCGGCGCCGGCGCCGGCGGGCAAGGUCAUUGAGGAUGCUAGGUUGAUGGUCUUGCAGAAGGAGAGGGAGGUUCUUGGGAGAAUGCUUGUUCCUGUCAAGAAGAAGUGA